ACCAAAGAAAACAAAACCAAACCAAACCAAACCAAAACAAGAAGAAGAAUCUUUUUUUCUUCUUGUUUGGGUUUCAAGAACUCCUUUUUCUUUCCCAUGCAACUUUCAUACCUUAAAAAUCCACAAGAAACUUACCUUACUUCCUAAACUUGAAUAUCCUAUCCCAAAGGGAAGAAAACCCAACUUUAAAUUCAUCUUCAUCUAUGUCUAUGCAGCUGGUUUUCCUUUGAAAAUGGUCCAAAGAAAGGUACCCAACAAGCUUGGUAUCCAAGCUGAUCAUGUUAAAUCAGACAAGCUGUUGGGAAACCUCAAAGCAUCUUCUUCUCAAUACCAGGAUGGGAAAAACAGAGGAACUGAUAUGAAGAAGAAGAUGAAGAAGUCAAGAUCCAUCAAACUAUCAGAUAUUGAUAGCUUGAGGUCAACACCUUUCAAAAGGAACUUAUCACAGCCUGGAAAGCCUCCGCCGCUCUAUGUUUGCGCCACUGCAGCAACUCCACAGAAGCAGCAGCCUGUGAUCAAAGGAACUGAUGGUUCUCCAAAUUAUAUGAAGUCCACCACCUGUUUUGAUGCAAGGAAGGAACAAUCUCAGGUCAGUCUUCGGAAUACUCAAACUGGUUCUGAAAUUAAGAAUCCGAGUAGAAGAAACUCUAGCAUUUCAAAACUUGGCUCUGCUUCUGGUAAUAAACCAGCAAGAGCUUUAACAAGAACAUCUAGUUUAAAGCUGAUGAGGACUUUAACAAAGACUCCUAGUUUCAAGCCGGCAAGGGCUUCGGCGAAGAAGUCUUCCAGAGUUGUUCUUUGUGCUGAUUUGAAAGCACAGAGAUCAACCUGUUCUUCAACUUUGAAGGACUCAAAGUUUCCAUCAUACCUUAUGCUUAAUCCUGGGGGUACUGAAUCUGAAGGAACUUCAGUCAAGAAGGUUUGCCCCUAUACAUACUGUUCUCUUAACGGUCAUCAUCAUGCUCCUUUGCCUUCAUUGAAGUGCUUCUUGUCGGCAAGGAGACGUUUGCUGAAGACCCAGAAGAGUAUGAAAAUGGAAGCUCUAAGCCCCCGUAGAGCAAAGCCGUCUAGUGAAGGAAUGGAAGAAAUUGGAACUGCAAAGGUGGUCUUUGAUGACAAGCCUGCGUUCCAAGAAGCUGAUAUUGUUAGCUUGACCCCGCCUCCUUUGCUGCUAGAUACAGGCAUGGAAUUUUUCAUUGAAAUCUUUGCUAAAGGUAAAAAUGAUGAAUCAGAAGCAAUUGAAAAAGGAACACACAGAGAUAAAGAGGAAAUAAUUGAUGCAGCUGGCAAAGUUGAGGAUCAGAAUGAUAGCAUGUCUUCUAUUGAUAGGGGUCAUGAAGCAGUGGGAGGGCACGGUGACAAACAAGAAGUUGCAGAGAUCUUUUCUGAUGGAUCAGAACAAUCUGAGGUUGAUUUUGAGGAAAAACUUGAACAGUACAAGGAUGCUACUGCAACAGAAAUGGAUAUCACAAAGAGCUUUCCUGAAGAACAAGCAGAAAAUGCAGAUGAAGACUACCUUCCUAUCUUGGCUCAAGAAAAGAAAACUCCAGUAAGUUUCUGCAAUGGCAGCAGCUUGGAAGGGGAACGGGUUGCAAGCAGUGAAGUAGAUGAAGCUGGUUCUGAAGCUACCAAUAUGGAGUGGGAGGAGGGGCAUCCUUCUGAAUCAGAGCUUGAUAGUGAAUCUCAUGUAAAUGUUGGGUGUUUCUUAGACAUCAAGAAUCCUGAUUCCCAAAAUGAAUGUCUGAUCAGUUCAGAUGACAUUGCUAGCAGCUGCAGUGAAGAGAUUAUGGCUGAUGAAAUACUUCUAGAACCCUUUGCAGAAGAAAGUGCAUGCUCUGAAGAACAAUCUGAUGAUGGAGAUUCUGAACUAGAUUACAUGCAUCAGGACUCCGAGAUUCAUGAAUCCAGCCAAGUGUCUGAGAGCCUCAGUUACAACCAACUUUCUUUGACUGAAGAUGAAUUUCAGGAUUUAAAAGCUGAAGAAGAAGAAGAAGAAGAAAGUGGAGAAACUGAGACAGAGUCAAUCAGCACUGAGAAACCUUCAGCUUCAAUGGAAGAGCCAAACAUGGAACCAAUAGCAAAUGGCGAGGACAGUCAAGAGGAGAACAGAGAUAUGGAAGCAGAGAAUGUAAUCCGUGAAAUUGAUCAUCAACUUGGAGAUGAAGAAACCAAUCAUGCCGGAAAAGAGACAGAUGAAGCUUCGAAUGAUGAGCAGGAGCAUCAAACUCUCCAAGACGACUUAGAUGGAAUGGAAGAGAAAGAGCAAGCAGAUGCUGACAAAAUAAUUGGCCACAAAAUGACUGAACCUUGCAAGCCUGAUGACACAGUUAGAGACUGUAAUUCAAGUGAAGAGAUCGAUGACAAAAGCUUUUCUGAUGAGACUCAAAAUAAUCUGUCUGAUGGGCACUCCAAGACCUCCGUUGUUAUUGAGGAGAACUUGGAGAAAGAUGAAGGUGAAGCUAAGAAGAAAAGAAUCUCAAGUUCCAUGAAUGCUGAGGAACAAAGCAAUCCAAGGAUGAAUAAAAUCAGUACAGUUGAAAAUAGUAUAGAGGAAGUUGACAACUUGGAAAUGGAAGACAAGAAGUCAGAUGCAGCAAAUUUAUCAACUUCAGUCAAUGGUAUAAUCAGUCCACAAAUGGAGAGCACAUUCUUCCAUUCUGGGACCAAUUCUACCAAAGAACUGCCAGACAAUUGCAGCAAUCGGAAGUGGACAAUCAGAAGCAAGAGACCAAUUCAGGAAGAGGAAGAACUAAGGCAAUUCAACCCACGAGAUCCAAACUAUCUGCCUUUGGUUCCGGAUCCAGAAGCAGAAAAGGUUGAUCUGAGGCAUCAGAUGAUGGAUGACAGGAAAAAUGCAGAGGAAUGGAUGAUUGAUCACGCCCUUCAACGGACUGUUAACAAACUUGCUCCUGCUAGGAAGAGGAAGGUGGCCCUACUUGUUGAAGCUUUUGAAACUGUCAUGCCAACAUCUAAAUGGGAAACCCAUUUGAGACCAAUGCAAGCAUGUAGCUGAUAGCAGUUAAUGAGGUGAUAUGGAGGAGUCAAUUUAAACAUACCUAUAAUCAGUCAGUUAAGUAGAAUGUAUCAAUACUUUGCCAAGCCCUGAAUUUUAUACGAGUAAACUACAGGUUCUGCAGAGCAACUACUGGUUCACUCUAUUCAUUACAGAGAUAGAGGAUUCUGAUACAGCGUUAGACUGAUGGCUGAAUGGAGACUGAGCUGUGGACACUGUUGUAGUUUCUCCUAAACUCUGUGGGUGAAAUUUCAGUUUCGGCUUCAAUAAAUAACAUGUAAUGACAGUAUAAAUUAUGGUGUUUAUUUUCUCUGCAUGGUAUAGAGUUUAAACGGUCCUUUGUUGUUAAGGGGGCACUUGUUCCUCCAAACUUUGUAAUUUAUUCUAGUUGCUUGUCUACUAGUUUGUAUAAUUAUUAUAUCAGUCAAGUUUAUGCUAACUAA